AUUUGAUACUAUAAACCUAGUAUUAAUUUCAUUAAAAUAUAAAUAUAGUAACUUUCAGAAAAUUUAAAUCUUCAAAUCUUUCACUCCAUUUAUGGAUUAGUUUAGUUCAGAGUGAUAUCGACUGUAAAAGCAAACCAGUAUUUUUAUUUUUCUAUCAGUUGUUUUUGAACAAAAUAUGCAGGUAAUUAAAAUAUUUAAUAUUAAAGAAUUUUGUGUAUACCUAUAAAUUAUAUUAUUUUAGAACCCUGAUGAAGAUACAGAGUGGAACGAUAUAUUGCGUUCCAAAGGAAUUCUUCCACCAAAAAAAGAAAAAGAAAUAACAGAAGAAGAUGUGAUCAAUAUUGUAGAACAAACUGUCCGAGAAAAACAAAAUGGUAAAAUUAAAUAUAUUUGGUUUCAAUAACUAUUAAAUUGCAUUAAAACCUAAUAGCUCUAUAAUUAGUUUGUAUUUAUAUUUGUAUAGGAAAUAAAAAAGAUAUGGUUGAUAUGUCAUUGGAUGAACUGGAUGAAUUAGAAGACGAUGAAGAUGAACGAAUAUUAGAAGAAUUUCGGAGACGUAGGAUAGCUGAGUUGAAAGCCCAAGCACAAAAAAACAUUUUUGGCGACGUGGUUGAAAUAAGUGGUCAAGAUUUUGUGAACCAAAUUAAUAAAGCAGGACCUGGAAUUUGGGUGGUUUUGCUGUUGUAUAAACAAGGGUAUUAUUUUAAAUCCACAUUUUAUUCAGUUUCAGAUGUAAGAUUAUAGUAUUUUUGAAUGGGUUAUUAUCUUUUUACUUAACCGUUAUAUCCAUCCUAUUGUUAAUACAACUUAUUUUCAGGGAUGAACAAAAUAGGUAUUAAAAAAAAGUAUAUAAUUUGUAUAUAAAAGAUUAUUUAUGAAUAUUUUAUUCUAAAUAAUUAAUAAUUACUUAAUAUAUUAUAUAGGUUUUUAUUUGUUAAAGUUUUAAUAUAACAACUUCUUAUUUCUCUGAAUCUCCCAUUAAUUUGAUCUGAAAUUUUUAAUUUUUUUGUUAUAGCAUCCCAAUUUGUGCAUUGCUGGCUGAAUAUUUAAAUAAUUUAGCAAGAAAAUUUCCUGCGACCAAAUUUGUCAAAAGCAUUUCAACAACUUGCAUCCCAAAUUACCCAGACAGUAAUUUACCGACAAUUUUCAUUUAUCAUGAAGGCGAUCUAAAACAGCAAUUUGCUGGACCAAGACUAUUCUCGUUAACAACUACUCAAGAUGGUAUGUAUUAAAAUAAUUAAUUUUGAAAACUUCUAUUUCAUAUGAAUAUUUUUAUUCAAUGUAUGUAUAAUAUAAAUAAAAUGCAGUAGAGAUCCAAUGUAUGAACUAAUAUAACUAAUCUUAAUUUAUUAUUCCGUUUUUAAAGAUUUUUCUUAGAAUGUUGCAAUUGACAAUUAUUUCGAAGUGUUGAAAAUAAUCUUUAUGGGAUUCCAUUAAAAAAUUGUAGAAACUUUUUUUGUUUUAAUUUUAAGGAAUAAUUUGAACAAUUAUUGUUGGCCAGCUAUAUUUUACAUAUAAACAAUCAUUUUGCACCAGUAUAGUAAAAUAUUCUAUAUUGAUAUUGUACUUUACUAAUAUAGUUAGUUUUCUUAAACAAUUUUGAAAAUAGAAAUUUAUAUUCAAUUGACUUUUACCUAAUUAAGAUAAUUUAUAGAUCAUAAAUUGGACUAUCACAAUUUAAAAUACUGCCAAAUAACUAGUUUAAAUCCUGUAAAUAUUUUGGUUAUUUUAUUAAAUGUCAUAUAAAUUUGUUAUUUUUAAUAUACACAGUUAAUAUUUAAUUAAUAUUUAAUUAAUAUUUAAUAAUGUUAUUAAAUAUAACAUCAAAUUUCAUAUACAUGACUCAUUGAAUGACUCAUUCAUAUUUCAUUGAUGAUUAACAUUAAUAUGAUAUGAGUUACUGGAAAAUUAUAUUAUGAUAUAGUGUUAUCAAGUUUCAAGAUAUUGACAUUAAAAAUGUUCAUGUAUACGUGACUUGGAAUGAGCUCACACCGUGACAUUCUUAUAAUGAAAUAACUAUGACAGUGAAAUUUCUAUAUAUGAAUGAAUUGAACAAUUUAUUUUGUACAGUUACUUCACUAUAAAUAUUUCAAAAAAUUCUGUAUAGGUAUAAACAUAUUUAAAAUAAUGGAAGUGGGUGUCAAUUGAUAGUAAAUAAAGUCAGUGGAAGUAAUUGACUGUUCGCCGUUUAAUGAAUUUCAAAUAGUUGCUAUACUCCGGCCCACAAGAGAUCAUUACCGUGUUACGACCAAAACGUGUCCGAUUUCGCGCAUACAGCUGUUCAGUAAAUACCAAUACUGGUAGCGCUCAACGCCAUACAGUGUGGAACGCAAUAUAAACUGUAUACAAUCAGUUGUAGUGAGGACGUUACUGUUGUGUGUUGAGUGCGCUUACUUUUUAAUUUUGUAUUUUAUAUUAUUUACACUGUGAUCCUGCCGUUCAAAAUAUGUGUGGUCAAUUACAUAAUUCGCCCAGUAAAAGGAAUAAAAACGGAAAAGUAAGAAUUUUUAAAUUAUUUUUCAGCAGAUAAUAAAAUAUAUAUUGUAUUAUAAUUUUUAUGUGUACUAAUAAUUUGAUUGUUGUACACAUAGGUUCAGCAGAUGGUUUCGUCGAAGGUGGUCUAUUGUGUUUUGAAUCGAAAAAAACACAGCAGCCUACCUCAAAUAAAUAAACGGGGUUUUGCGGAGUUUUGCCCAAAUUAAAAGAGAACUCUGUAAUAGUCAUGGGCAAUACUUUGUAUCACUCGGUCAAAAAAGACCCCAUUCCUACAAUGGCUUGGAAAAAAAUAAUAGAAGAACGGUUAACGUCAAAGGUUGUAUUAUCGAUAAGCUGAUGGUCAAAUGUCUAUUGAUGGAAAAGGUACGAGAAAUUAGACCUCUUCAUGAUUAAUAUGUUAUUGAUGAAGAGGCAUUGAAAUCAAAUAAAGUGGUAUUACGUCUGCCACCUUACCACUGUGAACUUAACCCGAUAGAAUUAGCGUGGUCAGUUGUAAAAUAUCAUGUAAAAAAUAAUAAUAUGACAUUCAAGUUGAACGACCUAAAGAAAUUAUCAAUCGAUGGCGUCCAACUCGUAACACCAGACAUGUGGACCAAUUUUGUCAAACACACAAAUAAGGAAGAGGAUAAAUUGUGCAGUGUCGAUUUCAUUUCUGAUGAAGUAUUAGAUGAAACAUGUAAUACAAAUUAAAAGAGAUAUUUCUUCUGAUUGUUCUGAUUAGUUUUGUAUAUUUUGUAAAUAUUUUUUUUUUAAAUAAUUAUUAUUCUAAAUAUAUUGUUCUAAAAUAGUUAAUACAUUAUAAUAUAUCAUAUAAUAAAUUGUCUUGAAAAAUAAAUAUUAAUAUUAUAAAAGAAAAAAAUAUGUUUAUUACUUUAUCACUUUGUAUAGUAUAACACGCAUUUAUAACACUCUGUAUCGCGCCGUAUCACGUGACUGUCGUGGCACAUGGUGUGGGAAAUAUAGCUUCGGGUCGGUCACUGCCUUCAGUUGACAUGCGCGAAACGUUAAUGAUCUCUCGUGGGUCGGAGUAUAGUCGGAAACAAUUUUAUAUUUCCUUUCCCACGCUCUUCUUGGCUGUUUUUUUUAUUAUUAAAACUAAUUUACCUAAUAAUAGUGUAUGUUUAUUAAAAACACAUUUUAUAUGCAUCCAUGUGAACGAUUUUGAAUUUUUUGUCUAUGUAGUUUUGUAAAUUUCUAUAUUCUGUACAUUAUAUCUGUGUCAUGACAGUACUUGUCACAGCAUUUAAGUUUUUAGUAUCAGUAGUCAUGAAAAAUAUUUCAAACAGUUGAAUCAGUUGAGAUUUGUUUCAUGAUAGAAAUUUAAUUGUGAAAGUCCAAUUUUAGGUAUCAUGGCCAUAACAUAAUAUAAUAAAAUAUCAAUUAUUUAUUUUACUUGGUUAACAAUAUUAACAUAAAUUAUUAAAAUAUUUUGUAUGCCUAAGACUUUAUAUUUUGUUAACAUGUGCAUUAUAUUUCAAAAUAAUGAAAAUAAAGAUUCACUAUAGGGGGAGGGCUGAUUCUCAAGUGUAGUAAGGUUCAGUAUGAAAUUUGAAAAGUUCCACUUAUCACUUAUCACUAUAAAAUUAAAUUUGUAUUUAUUAAAUAAAAGUAAAUUUGUGUUUCAGAGUUUGAAUGGAUGCUAGGCCAAACAGGUGCUGUACAAACUACAAUCAAAGAUAACCCUAGACCAAAAACUAGAGAUGUAUUAUUUGAUAAAUUACUUCAAUCUAUGUGAAAUAAUGUUUCAUUAUUUUAAGUAUAUAUUUUAUAUAAUUAUUUUUAUUUUUAUUUUUGUUGUUUUUUACUAUAACCAUAUAUGAUCAUAUUGAAACCAUUUAUAAUCAAAUUGUGUUAGUAAU